GCUCGUACUAAUAAGUUCAAAUGGCCAUCAAAUUUAACUUAUUGAAAGAAUCGAAUCGUUAAUGAUAUUCUCAAGAUCAUCGUUGCUGAGAUCACCAAUGCAGAUAAUACUAUCAUCGUCAAUGGACACUUCUGUGCUGGUAUUAUCUUCCGAUAAAUAGCCGCUGGAAUUGAAAGAACUAGGAAAUCAUCAAAAAACGUUUGUUGAUUGAUGGCGAUGGCACCGGUGAUGAUCGGCGCCUUAAUAUGCUGCUCAAACAAUUUCUCAAAUGGAUGUAUUCCAAAAAUGAUUCGCCGGAAAAUAAUCAAAUUAUCUAUGAUCGUUUAAUGGCCCAAUUAGCCCAAUGUCAAUUUGCUGCCGCUAAAACUGAACGCACUAGUCAAAUGAUCGAUGAAGAGUUGGAAAAUUACCAAAAACUCUCAAAGACCAUAGAAAAGAAUAUUGAAGUGGCUAAACUUGAGUUAGAGGACAGUAAGAAGGAGUUAAUUAUAGCCAAACAAAUACGGAAAAACAAAAUGGAAUACGAUCAACUGGCCAAGGUGAUAAAACAACAACCGGAUCGUAAAGAAACCCAACAACACAUAGAAUGCUUGCAAAAAGAAAUGGCAGAGCUAAAUGACAAAAAACUAAAGUUGGAGCGUAAAUUUGAAAAGCGCCAAAAGGAUUUCUCCGUUCUAAUGUAUGCAGUGCGUGAAUUGGAAGCUCAAUUGGUUGAUGAUAGUUCAAGUGAUGAUGAGGAUAGCAAGUCUGAUGACGAUGUGGUCGUGGGAUCUGGCAGUAGCAAUAAUAAUACUGCAAAUCAUCCGAUAAUAGAAGGUUUGAGUGAUGAUGAAUUGGAGGCUGGUUCUCAGUCCGGUAAAGUUGGACGUCAUAGUAGAGGUCUAAUGGAAAGAGGAAUUAAGGAAGAAGUCGAUGAUGCAGAAGCUGAUGAUGCUAAGAGCAUUAAAGAACCCAUGUCAGUAGAUGAGGAUGCUGUACUAGAGUUAAGCAUAGAUAAAGAUGAAAGUGAUGUAAAAAUGGAAGAAGUAGCUGGCAAUGCUACUUAAAUGGGUAACAAACCAACCAUAUCCAUUAAUUGAAUUCCCUACCUAUGUAUAGUUUAUAAGUUUUUCAUAAAUAAAACCUAGAAAAAAAGCAAAUAA